AGCGUGGACGACAGAGUGGGGUUGGACGAGACUUGUUCUUCUGCUCGUUCGUUGUCUUGACCGUUCUUCAUCUUUGACAUCGUAGUCCGGUCGACGGGCAAAAAAAUACGAAAAAAAUGGCCCUAUUGUCCCUUCGUCUGGCUGCCUCUGUGGCAAGACAACUGCCAAACGCCACUGUGCAGAUUAAAUAUCCAGCUAGUGGAAUUGCAUCGCGUAAAUAUCAUGUUUCAUGCAGCAGAAGAUCUGCCGAAAUUUCUUCCAUUCUGGAGGAACGUAUCCUUGGUGCAGCACCAAAAGCAAAUUUGGAAGAAACUGGACGUGUCUUGAGCAUUGGUGAUGGUAUUGCUCGUGUUUAUGGUUUGAAGAAUAUUCAGGCCGACGAAAUGGUGGAAUUUAGUUCUGGAUUAAAGGGAAUGGCCUUGAAUUUGGAGCCUGAUAAUGUUGGUGUUGUAGUAUUUGGUAACGACAGGCAUAUUAAGGAAGGUGAUAUUGUCAAACGUACCGGAGCUAUUGUCGAUGUUCCCGUGGGUGAACAACUUUUGGGACGUGUCGUCGAUGCUUUGGGUAAUCCAAUUGAUGGCAAGGGUCCUCUUAAUAAUAAACUUCGAUUCCGUAUUGGAACCAAGGCCCCUGGUAUCAUUCCUAGAGUAUCUGUCAGGGAACCCAUGCAAACUGGUAUUAAGGCCGUCGAUUCUUUGGUACCAAUUGGUCGUGGUCAACGUGAGUUGAUCAUUGGUGAUAGGCAAACUGGAAAAACUGCUCUUGCCAUUGAUACCAUCAUCAAUCAAAAGCGUUUCAAUGACGCUGGCGAAGAGAAGAAAAAAUUGUAUUGUAUUUACGUUGCCGUUGGACAGAAAAGAUCAACUGUUGCACAAAUUGUGAAACGAUUGACCGACAGUGGAGCUAUUAAUUAUACUAUUAUUGUAUCGGCUACAGCUUCCGAUGCUGCUCCUCUACAAUAUUUGGCACCAUACUCCGGUUGUGCCAUGGGAGAAUUCUUCAGAGAUAAUGGCAAACACGCCUUGAUUAUCUACGAUGAUUUGUCAAAACAAGCUGUGGCUUAUCGUCAAAUGUCACUGUUGUUGAGGCGACCACCAGGUCGUGAGGCCUAUCCAGGAGAUGUUUUCUAUCUUCAUUCACGUCUUCUUGAGAGAGCGGCUAAAAUGAAUGAAUCACUUGGUGGUGGUUCAUUGACUGCUUUGCCAGUCAUUGAAACUCAAGCUGGUGAUGUGUCUGCCUACAUUCCCACCAAUGUCAUUUCCAUCACUGACGGACAAAUCUUCUUGGAAACCGAAUUGUUCUACAAGGGUAUUCGACCAGCCAUUAACGUCGGUUUGUCUGUAUCUCGUGUCGGAUCAGCUGCUCAAACCAAGGCCAUGAAACAGGUCGCCGGUUCCAUGAAAUUGGAGUUGGCCCAGUAUCGUGAGGUCGCCGCUUUCGCACAGUUUGGUUCCGAUUUGGAUGCUGCAACCCAACAACUUCUAAACCGUGGUGUUCGACUUACAGAACUCUUAAAACAGGGACAAUAUGUGCCAAUGGCCAUUGAAGAGCAAGUCGCUGUUAUUUACUGUGGUGUCCGUGGUUACCUUGAUAAAAUGGAUCCCAGCAAAAUUACUGCCUUCGAAAAAGAAUUCCUCGCCCACAUUAGGUCGACGCAAAAAGAUCUCUUGGCAACCAUCGCGAAAGAAAAUACAAUCACUGAAGCGUCAGACGCAAAAAUGAAGAAGAUUGUCACAGACUUCUUGGCGGGAUUCAACGCAUAAAAAAAAUCAUUCGCUUUUAAGGCCAAGGCGUCUUUAGACAAGUAAUCGACAUCCGCGUUGUUCACGUAUAUAAGUGAUGUACCAAAUCUCGAAUGAUGUUCAUUCGGGAAAACGCGUCAUGUUUAUACAUAAAAAAAAGUGUCAUUUUAAAGAAUUCCAUAUACGAACGAUAAAAAAAAAAAACACAAACACAAUAGUCCAACAUAUUAUUGAUACGUUACUCGUUGGUUCUUUAAUAAAAAAGAAAUUAAAAUA